AUGGGGAGGGAGGGGGAUUGUGCUGUGCUGGGAGGAAGCUCACUACACCACUUGGCUGAAUUAUUCCAGAUUCAGGCGUGUGCUUUCAACCUUCUUGAUCACAUCGAUGAUAAGGUUUCUCGUCCAUCGGACAUUGAUGAUGCAACUUGGAAGAGGUUAGAUGCUAUUGUCAAAAAUUGGAUUUAUGCUUCCAUAUCCAAAGACCUACACACCAUCAUUAAAUCGGGUGCUACGGCGCUUAAAUUACGGAAUCGUCUCAAGGAAAUUUUUCAUGACAAUAAGCAUACUAGGGCGGUAUAUUUAGAGGAGCAGCUUAGCAGCACCAAGCUUGAGCAAUUUGAGAAUAUGUCGGAUUACUGUAUGCAUCUCAAACUCCUUGCCGAUCAAUUGAGCAACGUCGACAACCUGGUCUCUGAUCGAAAAAUGGUACUCCAAUUGAUUGCGAGUCUUUCUAAAGGGAGUUUUGACACCGUCGCUGCCUUGAUCUCCCAAACUGAGCCUAUCCCUACCUUUAAUAAGGCUCUCUCUAUGUUCAUCUUGGAGGAGACGAGAAAGAACAAGCAAGAAGAAUCCGGGCAACACGCUCUUAUUGCGCAAAAUUCUCAGGCAACUACCUCCACCACUUCCGGCAACACCCAGCCACCGGCGGCAGACCACCAGUGCGGCACCAGCAAGGGUGGUUGA